AUGAUUUUACUAUUACUAAUGUGCUUUCUUAAUGUAAAAGACAGUUUUGCAAUAGAUUGUACUAUAUUUCAUUAUUAUUAAGGUGAUUUGACUUGUUUAACUUGUGAUUUAAAUGAUGGAAAUAAAUGUCUCACUUGUUAUUUGACCACAAGAAAAUUAUAAGAUGGAAAUUGUGUUUGCAAAGAUGGGUUUGUGGAAAUAACACCCUUAAAAUCGUCUUAAUGUUUAUAGUGUUCUGAAAAUUGUAUUACAUGUGAUAUUUCAAAAAGAAAUUAUUGUUUAAGUUGCGGUGAUGAAAAUAUCACAUUUCGAUAAUUAGUAAAUGGUGAUUGUGUUUGCAAAUCUGGUUAUUAAGCAGUUACAUAUUAAUAUGCAUGCGAAGUUGAUACUUGGGAUAAGAGAUUGUUGACAUUUAAAUUCAAGACUGAUACAUCUCAUCAAUAUUGGUAGACUGUCACAAAGCUUUUCGAAAGUAAUAAUAGUGUUAUUAAUGAAUUGACUACUCUAAUUAAGGCUUCUUAUUUAUAAGAUACUGCAUCGAAUUAAUUCACAAAAUAUUAAUUUGAUUUAGAAUAAAAUUAGAAGAAAUUUUUCUUUAAAAGUGACAUUCCUGUUGGUUAGUACUAUUAAUAAUUGGAUCAAAAUGUUUUUGCAGUAGGAUAUAUCUAACCAAAAGAGACACAAAGUGUGCUUUGGAAGUUUGGUUUAACUAUUUCAGUCUCAUAAACCUCAUAUUACUACACUAGUCGAGUUUUGGAAAAGUAAUGGAAUGCAGGAAUGUUUCAAUUUUAUAAGGAUUAAGCUGUUUAUAUUUAAGUGAUAUUAACUUAAGAGGAAGUUACAGGGUCUGUUACAAGAAGAAGAUUUCUAGCUGAAGACUACUCUAUAUAUUAGAUUAUGUAUUUUUUUUAUAUUGGAUAUGCAAAAUCUACUUUUUUAAGUGAUUAAGAAUGUGAAAAAUUGAUGGAUGGUCUAAUGAAUUUAAUAAAUGGAUGUCAGAAAUAUUGUGAUGAUUGUUACUUUUAUCAAAAUGUACAAUAAUGCAGAAGCUGUUAAUUAAAUAGAUAAAAUUAAAAUGGAAAUUGUUUGUGUAAAUAUGAGACAACGGAUUAAUCCCAAUGCUAUGAACCCUGUAAAGGCUUAGAUUGUAUAACAUGUGCAAAUGGUGUUUGCGUAACUUGUCCUGAUGGUACACUGCCUCCUUGUAACUCUCCAAAUAUAAAAUGCGAUGAGGGAUAUUACUAAGAAAAUUCAUAAUGUUUCAAAUGCGAAGAUAUAUGUAUUGCUUGUACAUCUAAAGAUGUUUGCACCUAAUGCCCAGCCACUUAUUACGUAGAUAAAUCUUUUUAUUGCGGAGUAUGUUAUGCUCCUUGCUUAAAUUGUACAUCAAUCGAUUAAUGUUCUGAUUGCAUAGAUGGAUAUUUUUUUUAAAAUAACAAUUGCAUUUUGUGUAAUUAUGGUUGUGUAAAAUGCUCAGCUGAAAACUAUUGUAAUACUUGCAUUAAGGGAAAAUAUAAUAACAAUUCAGGGUAAUGUAUAAAUUGUCCUUCAAUUUGCACAACUUGUACAGCAAGCGAUAAUUGCUAAUCAUGUAUUGAUGGGUAUUACAACAUUAUUGGUUAUUGUAAUAAAUGCUAAACUGUAUGUUCAAAAUGCUUAAAUAGUUCUCAAUGUACUUAAUGCAUACCUGGGUAUUAUUUAAAAAGCGAACAAUGUCUCAAAUGUGCAGAUAAUUGUACAACUUGUUUUGAUUAAUCUGAUAACUGUGCUUCAUGUAGUUCCUCUUAUACAUUAAUAAAUAAUAAAUGCAUCAAAUGUACCAGUCCCUGUGACAUGUGUUAGAGUUCUAGCACUGAAUGCUUAUCUUGUGAGAAAUAAAAUUAUUUGGUUGUUGAUAAUAAAUGUUAAACUUGUUCACAAGGAUGUAAGGAAUGUUCUGUUUAUGGUGAUCGUUGUUUAGAAUGCUCAUCUGGUUAUUUUUUAGACAAUUUGACUUGUUAAUAAUGCAAUUUUUAGUGUUAACUUUGUACAAAUAGAGUUACUUGUACAGGUUGUGUAAGUGGGUACUAUUUAAAUGUUGCUAAAUGUUUACCUUGUCCUAUUCAAUGUUCAAAUGACUGCACAUUUCAAUCAAGGUCGAUUGUCUGCAAUACUUGUUCUUCCACUUAUUUCAAGUCUUCAAGUACUUGUCAAAAGUGUUAGGAACCUUGUUUAAAUUGUUCAACUACAACAACUUAUUGUGAGGAUUGUAUUUUAGGAUAUUAUCUAUCCAAUCAUGCUUGUUAUUAAUGCACCCUUACAUAAUGUAGGGUGUGUUCGAGUGCAACUUCAUGUUCUAUUUGCAAUGAUGGUUAUAUAUUAAAUUCAAAUAAUACUUGCGAAUAGCAAACUCAAACAUGUGAUGUUGGCAAGGUGCAAGUGAAAAAAACAGAUGAAUGCUAACCUUGUAAUAGCAGUUGUCAAACAUGCUAUGGCUUAGAACUGAACUAAUGUAAAACCUGUGGAGUUAGCUACUUUUUAGAUGCAAUUCAUUAGUGCAAAUAAUGUGCAUAUCCUUGUAAAACAUGUUUAAAUCAAGAAACUAAUUGUCUUUCAUGUUUAGAUGGUUAUUAUCUUGAAGAUAAUGAAUGUAAAACCUGUUAAGAAGGAUGCUUAAUUUGUUCUAAUGAAGAUAAUUGUUCUAGUUGCUCUACUGGAUAUAAAUUAGUGAAUAAUGAAUGUGAGAGCUGUUGUGUUGAUAAUUGCUACCACUGUACAUCUGAAUCAAGUUGUGAUUAUUGCUAAGCUGGAUAUUAUCUAACUGCUUUAAAGAAAUGCUAGAAAUGUGAUGUUGAUUAAUGUGCUAUUUGUACUAAUGCUUCAGAUUGUAAAGUAUGUUAAGAUGGUUAUUACUUGGAUUCGAAUACAAGAUGUCUUUUGAAAUCUUGUACAAUAAUUAAUUGUUAGAAAUGUUUAAGUGACACUGUAUGUGAUACUUGUUUACCAGGAACAUAUGCUGAUUCAGGACAAUGCUAAUUUUGUGAUUUUAAUUGCAGAACAUGUUUAAACACUUCUAAUAAGUGCACAUCUUGCAAUCCUAAUUACUACUUAGAUACUAAUGACACUUGCUAAUAUUGUGAAGCUGGUUGUUUGUUAUGUAGUACUUCUGCCAUUACCUGUUAAUCUUGUAAAUCCGGAUAUUUUUUUAUUGAGAGUGAAUAAAAAUGUGAAAAAUGUAGUUAGUUUUGUCGAUCAUGUAGUGUAAAACCUAAUCAAUGCACAAGUUGUGGAACAAACGAAUUCUUGAAGUCAGAUGCAACAUGCUAGUAAUGUACAAGUCCAUGUUUUGGUUGCAAUUCAGAAAGUCUAAGUGACUGCAAAAGUUGCAUUGAAGGAUAUUAUUUAUCUAUUAAAUAAUGUUUACCUUGUUUUACUAAUUGCUAAACAUGCGUUUAUAAUAAUGUAUGUACAAAGUGCAUUUUCGGGUAUUUUUUAGAUGGUAAUUCAUGCAUAAAAUGUCCAGUUAAAUGCAAAGGUUCAUGUGUCAAAUAAUCAUCUUAUAUUUAAUGUGAUGAAUGCAAUGUUGGAUAUUAUUAAGGAACAAGUGAUUGUCUAAUAUGCAAAGCACCUUGCAAGACUUGUAAAUCAACAGAAGAUGCAUGUACGUCAUGUAUUAGUGGAUACUAUCUUGCCAUCAAUAAAGUAUGUCCAAAAUGCCAAACAAAUCAUUGUAGAAAUUGUUAAAUAUCAUCUGGAGAGUGUUUAGCUUGUGAUUAUGGAUAUAUUCUAACAGGUCCUGAUUUGUGUACAGAAUGUCCAACAUGUACUUGUGGAACUCAUAAAUAUUAUGAUUGGGAUGAUCUAGUAUCUUCAGAUAAAUGUAAGGAAUGCGAUCGUUAAUGUGUUAAUUGUUAUGCUUCAUCUACAAAUUGUACAAGUUGUUCGAGUAACUAAUAUCUCGAUACUACAGAUAAAAUCUGUUAUAAUUGCAAUUCAUAAUGUGUAACCUGUCAAAAUUCAAUAACAUGCACAUCAUGUACUUAAUUCUAGUACUUAACUGAUGAUAAGAAUUGUGCAGUAUGUAACUCUCCUUGUUUAAAAUGUACAAGUAGCACCUAAUGUACAUCUUGCGUAGAUGGUUAUUAUUUCGAUGGUACAAAUUGCAUAUAAUGUAAUUCAAAGUGUGCUUAAUGUGAAUCUGCUAGUAAAUGUACAACUUGCGUUUAGGAUGGACACACCUAUUAUAAAAGUGAUUAUACUUGCAUUUCAUGUGACAGUCAUUGUUAGGAGUGUUACAACAGUGGAUGUACAAAAUGUGAUGAUGGUUAUUAUGCAGAUGGCUAAUCUUGUAUUGCUUGUAACGCUAAUUGUAAGUCAUGCUCAAAUCUAAAUUGUUUUGAAUGCAAAGGAAGCUAUUACCCAGAAGGUUAAAACUGUGUGAAAUGUUAAGAUUUCUGUGUAUAAUGCACUUCAUCAUAAUGCAAUUAAUGCUAAACUGGAUAUUAUAUAAAUGGAUAAAAUUGUCCACAAUGUAUGCAAAAUUGUUAGAAAUGCUCCUCAGAAACAAGUUGUGAAUCAUGCAAAACAGGAUUUUUCUAUGAUGAAGUAAAUUCUGUAUGUUCACCAUGCAUGGAUAAUUGUCUAUCAUGCACUUCAGAAAAAUGUUCAAGUUGUCAAACUGGAUAUUACAUUAAUGGGUACUUAUGUGAAAAAUGUUAAACCAAUUGUUUAUCUUGUACAUCAACCACUUGCAAUUAAUGUGUAAGUCCAUAUCAAGUUUAUUAAAAUAUUUGUAUAUUGUGUUAAACUGGAUGCACAAAAUGUACGCAAUAAGAAUGUCAGCAAUGUGAUAGUGUGUAUUAUUUGGAUCCGACCUCAAAAUAGUGUGUGUCUUGUAAUUCAAAUUGCUUGAGUUGUACAGCACAAGAGUGUUCGUCUUGCAAGACUGGUUAUUAUGCCAAAGAGAAAAAUUGUUAGUAGUGUAAUGCAAAUUGCGUAUCUUGUGAUGCUACAACUUGUCUUGAAUGCAAACCCUAAUAUUAUGUAGAUCAAACCAAUUGUGUUAAAUGCAAAGAUAAUUGCGAGUCAUGUUCAAGUUCUGAGUGUUUUUAAUGCAAAAUUGGUUAUUAUCUUCAAUCGCAACAAUGUACAUAAUGCAAUCAAUCUUGUAAGGAAUGCACAAGUGAGACUUCUUGUCAACAAUGUAAUAACAAUUAUUAUCUUGAUGGAGACAAAUGUGUUAAUUGUGCUUCAAAUUGUGUUACAUGCACAAAAGAUGAAUGUACUUCGUGUGCUUAAAGUUACAGAUUAGAAAAUAAGUAAUGUGUUGCUUGUACAUCUGAUUGUUUAGUUUGUACUGCUUCUUAAUGUUCAUAAUGCUAAGCUGGAUCUUGCUUAAAAAACUCCUAAUGUUCUGCUUGUCCAUCCAAUUGUCCGUAGUGUCAAAGUGCCAAUUCUGCCUAUUGUUCAGUCUGCGAUGAUAGUGGAUAAGGAGAAGAUGAGGGCUAUGUAAAUAAUUGUGAUGAGGGUCAAUUUUAUAGUAUUGAGGAUAAAAUAUGCUAUGCUUGUGGAGUUGAGAAUUGUUAAACCUGCACUUCAUAUGAUACUUGUACAGCUUGUUCAUCAGGGUAUAGUUUAGAGGUCGAUCAGACCUGUGUUUAAAACUCGACAACUGCAACACAAGCAGUCCCUAUUGCAGUUGGUACUAUUGCUGGAGGAGUUGCUAUUGUUAUAGUAGCCCUCUUAUUGAAAAAGCUAGCCUUUAUUCAUGUUGUACCGAAAUUAUUCAAUAACUUGCCUAUCAAAUUCAAUCCCUAUAGAGUCAACAGUGGGGCUUCCGUAUCUAAUUGGGAACAAAUACCGAAUGUUUCUGAGUAGGAGUUCUAGGAUGCCUUCUUUAAAGUGUAACAAGGAGGACAGUGA